GCUAAGUACAGGUGUAAAUCGGGUCAAGUGCACGAAUCAUAUUUGGUGGUAAACAAAAACAUGUGACAUCAAAAAAUCCUGCACUGUGCCAUAGUUUCAGAUAUCAUUCAUGCUUCUAAAUAUGAACCUGCACAUGCACAAGUGAGAGCUGCAGCAGAAAUGAUGUGACUAAUGACCUAUACUUCUGGUCUUCUAUUAACACGAAGCUUGUAACACUUGGUGAAGCAUAUAAGAAUGUGCACAACUUCUAUGUUUUGUAAAUGGAGGAUGGUUUUUUUUUUUUGGUCACUGGGUGGUUUCUGGUUUCAUAGCAUAAGAAAGCUUUAACCAUACUCUAGAAAAGACAAUAAAGGCAGAAUAUUUGUUUUUGAUUAAACCGUUACUUUGAAUCAAAGUUUGUAAAUGCUUCUACGUUUGUGUGUGUUCCAGAUCUUCGGUGACUGGGAGGCACAGUCACGGAGGGUAAUGAAAAUGAUGGCUGGUGGUGGCCUGUCAAUCACUGGCUCUCACUCUUUGUGUGGAGAUUACUUGUACAGUGGACACACAGUGAUGCUGACACUAACAUACCUCUUUAUUAAAGAGUAUUCUCCACGGAGGUUCUGGUGGUAUCCCUGGAUCUGCUGGUGCCUGAGUGCCGUCGGGAUCUUCUGCAUCCUGUUGGCUCAUGAUCACUACACCAUAGAUGUGUUGUUGGCCUACUUCAUAACCACACGCCUCUUCUGGUGGUACCACACAAUGGCCAAUCAGCAGGCUCUAAAGGAAAUUUCAACUGGCAACCUGUUCUCCCGUGUGUGGUGGUUUUAUCCAUUCCAGUACUUUGAGAGUAACGUACGUGGCAUUGUGCCUCGAAACUACCAGCUGCCAUUCCUGUUUCGGACAGUGACGUGCACCCGGGUUAAGUACAGUAAGCUGGACUCGCGGGAGUCAUGACCCAUGGCUUCUGAUU